AUGGUGCCCCUGCUGCUGCUGCCCCUGCUGUGGGGGGGGUCCCUGCAGGAGGCACCAGACUUUGAGCUCCAAGUGCAAGAAUCAGUGACAGUGCAGGAGGGUCUGUGUGUCCACGUGUCCUGCUCCUUCUGGUACCCGACGGGUUUUCAGGGUUCCUCUAACAAACUCUACACCUACUGGUACCGGUAUGAGGACAGGCCAUACUAUGGUUAUCCUGUGGCCACAAGCAACCCCCAAGAAACAGUGAAGAGAGAGACCAAGGACCGAUUCCUCCUCGGGAACCCCUGGGACAAGAACUGUUCCCUGACCAUCAGAGACGCCAGGAGGAGUGACACAGGAACCUACAUCUUCCGAAUGGAGAGAGGAUAUAGAAGAUAUACUUACCAAGAUAAGCUGCUGAAUUUGCAAGUGACAGCCCUGACAGAGAAGCCCCACAUCCACUUUCUGGAGCCUCUGGAGUGUGGCCGCCCCACUCAGCUGACCUGCAGCCUGCCAGGGUCCUGCAAAGGGGGAAGACCUCUCACCUUCUCCUGGGCGGGAGCCGCUGUUGACUCGCUGAACCCCCAGACCCUCAGCUCCUCGGUGGUCAACCUCACCUUGAGAUCCAGUGACCAUGGCACCAACCUCACCUGUCAGGUUAAUCGCCAAGGAUCUUUGGUGACCACGCAGAGAACCAUCCAGCUCAAUGUCUCCUAUGCCCCUCGGAACCUCACCAUGGGACGCUCCUUCAGAAAUGUCACAGCCUUUGAGAUUCUGCAAACCACAUCCCUUUCCAUCCUGGAGGGCGAGGCUUUGCAUCUGCGCUGUGUGGCUGACAGCAACCCCCCUGCACAGCUGAGCUGGUUCCAGGGGUCCCCAGCCCUGAACGCCACCCCCAUCUCCAGCACUGAGAUCCUGGAGCUGCCUCGAGUGGGGACUGCAGAAGAAGGAGAGUUCACCUGCCAAGCUCAGAACAGGCUGGGCUCCCAAAAUGUCUCUCUCAGGCUCUCUGUGCUCUACCCCCCACAGCUGCUGGGACCCUCCUGCUCCUGGGAGGACCAGGGUCUGACCUGCAGCUGCUCCUCCCGAGCCCAGCCGGCCCCCUCCCUGCGCUGGAAGCUGGGGGAGCAGCUGCUGGAGGGGAACCGCAGCGAGGCCUCCUACACGGUCACCUCCCGCUCGGCAGGGCCCUGGGCCAACAGCUCCCUGAGCCUCAGCGGGGGGCUCAGCACCGGCCUCAGGCUCAGCUGCGAGGCCAGGAAUGACCACGGGGCCCAGAGCGUCGCUGUCCUGCUGCUGCCAGGGAAGUCGGUGUCCCAGGUGGGAGCGGUUCCUGCGGCUCUCGGAGGUGCUGGUGCCACGGCCCUGCUGGCCCUGUGUGUGUGUCUCAUCUCCUUUUGCAUAGUGAAAGCCCUCAGGAAGCAAGCAGCCGGCAGACCAAAGGUCACGGGUGAUGAAGACCCUGUCAUGGGCACGGCCACCUGGGGCUCCCAGGAAAAGCUAGGCCCAGACAUGCCUCCAGACCAAGCGUUGCCUGACAAGGAUGCCUCUCCAUUGGGGGAGCAACAGGAGCUCUACUAUGCCAACCUCAGGUUUUAUGGGAUGAAGCUGAGGGAGCCUCAGGACCAGGAGGCCACCAGUACCUAUGAGUACUCAGAGAUCAGGACGACAAGGAAAUGA